UAGGAAUCCCAAUAAACUGUUAUCAAAACAAAUUAGGAAACAUAUUAGAAACCUGCUAUCCAAUAUGGCAUUAUCCUCAUUGCAUUACGGUUAGGUUUCGUGAACAACUUCAUAAAGAGUCAAGGCAGAACUGUUCAUAUUUUCCCUCUCAUUUUCCGUUUGGGGUUUUAUGGAGAAGAAUAAAUAGCUCAGUUAUUGUUCGUUUGGGUAUAUUAGAUUCUUGUUCUUGGUAAUGAUUGAAGAGUGAGCAAACCCUUUAAACAUCUUUGGAUCAAGUGAUAACUUUGGAGAAAAUCAAGAAGAAAACCUUAUCUCUUACCUGACAAAGAAAAAGACCCGAUUCAGACCAAAAUCCUAAAUGUAUCUCAAAAAAGAUUCUAACCCAAUUUUGUUUUAAUUUAAAUAAUUCCUUUACCUACAGAUAGACAUUGAAAUUAUCUAAAAAAUUUCAAAUUACAAUGGUCAAUUGUUUAAACAAUCUGGAUUAACUAACUCCAUCUGUCAAUCGCAUCAAUGACUUCCACAUACACUCGCUCAUGAGUCUAUAUUUAGAAUCCAAUUGGAUGGUGAGCAUCUGGAAUGAGAUAGCAAUUGAUCUGGCAAGAAAUGAAAGACAGUUAAUUUGGAUUCACAAGCUUGAUGAGAGGCAAAUGGUCUGAAUAUAAGAGAUUGCACCGUAGUUGUUGCUGACUUGACAAAAGUGGCCUUCUAGUGGAAUCUGAUAUCUUAUAUUCAGAUAAACCUAUCAUCAUUGAUCCCCCAAUAAACUUUCGCUUAACUCUUUCAAAACUUGAAUACUAUUUGGGAAUGGAGCUCAAUUAUCAUGCCUAACAUUUAGUUAUUUCCUUCCACUAACCAGUGUAUCCAUCUAUUUGUUUCUCCAACCAAAUUCUGCAGAUUCCGUGAUGUGAUGCAGCCUCAGAGAAAUUUCUUAAGAGGAGCUUUGACUUUGAUUUAUCUAGGAAGGCAGGUUGAAAUCAAAAGCGAAAAAACUUUGCUUGAAUUUAUAUUCUACUCAUUCUUCCUAUGCUUACAUAAACUUCAGAGUGUCACCAUCAUAUCAAUGAAGCUUGGUCAGAUAUGUAUUAUAAUGCUGCUUUUUUCCUGCACAAGGUAUUUAAUUUCCAUUUCCAAUCCUAUCCAUGGAGGUUGCAGAUUAUCAUGAGAUAAGUUUUAAUGGUACGCUUUGAACAUCUGGCUUAACUGAACAAGGAUGACAAUAUUGGGGAACAUUCGCAAGAAGGGCAUUCUAUUGCAUAGUUAUUCUUUCUAAAUUUUGCAAAUUCAUGUUUUCAUACUAGUUUAAACAAUGAGAAAAUAGCUCGAUGCUUACUGUAUCUAUGAAAUAUAUGAUCAACAUGGUCCAGAAUAAGUCUAAUUUUCUCAUUAUAACUUGCCUUAUUCAAAUUUAAUUUGGGAAUCUUACUUGAGACUUAACUACUUAUUACUCUACGCAGAAUUUGAAGAACUUGUUCUGGUUUAGUCUGAUCCAGAUUUUUCUGUGUAUCAGGACAAUAUGAGGGAGAUUCAGCUGGGCGCACACACAGUUCAGUCUCAUGGUGUUAAAGUAGCCAAGUCUCACAAACAUGACAAUGAGGAAUAUUCUGCUGUAUGUCUGUCCAGGUGUAUGAUAAAGUAACUGGAAAUGUUAUCUGUAAUGGAGCUAAAAAUGUCAUAAAGGAAGGUUACAAGAGUUUUCCUAGUUGUCAUACUUCAUGGUCCUUUGCAGGACUUGGCUUUCUUGCAUUGUAUUUGUCUGGGAAAAUCAGAGUGUUUGACCAUCGGGGUCAUGUGGCAAAGCUUUGCAUUGUUUUCCUCCCAUUACUUAUUGCAUGUAUGAUUGGAAUUUCACGAGUGGAUGACUAUUGGCAUCAUUGGCAGGAUGUCUUUGCUGGUGGUCUUUGCAGCGUAAUGGCUACAUUUUGCUAUCUACAGUUCUUCCCUGCCCCUUAUCAUGAUGAAGGUUGGGGACCUUAUGCUUAUUUCAGGAUGCUGGAGGAGACACGAGGGCUGGCAAACCCAACACUUCCAGUGAACCAGCAAGCUGAAGAAAGUGUCACUAUCAGAUUGCCUGAGACACACCAUGCACGCACCAUACUCGAUGAAAUGGAAUCCGGAAGUGCGUAAAUUAAAAUGUGACUCAAAGAUAAAUUUUGGCCUGAAAUUUUUUUUAAUGUACUGGUUCUAAUUCAUGACCCCAUGUUCAUGGUUUCAUCACAUUCCACGAGAUUUAUAAGGGUGAAGGACAAUGGUUCAGCAUGUACCUCAAACAACAUCUUAGGAUAGUUACUUUUUGAAAUUUUGCACGAAAA